AUGGAGAACGCGAAGAAGCAGCUCCCCAAGAUCCGGGACGAGCACCGCGAGAGCAUGUUCGGCUCCGUCUUCUCCGUGUCGGGUCCCGUCGUUAUUGGCGAGAACAUGCGCGGUUGUGCCAUGUACGAGCUGGUGCGCGUCGGCCACGACGAGCUGGUUGGUGAGGUCAUUCGUAUCGAGGCGGACCGCGCCACCAUCCAGGUGUACGAGGAGACCUCGGGUGUGACUGUCGGCGACCCCGUGCUGAGGACGGGCAAGCCGCUUUCGGUCGAGCUUGGUCCCGGUCUCAUGACCAACAUCUACGACGGUAUCCAGCGUCCUCUCAAGGGCAUCCAGGAGAAGAGCCAGUCCAUUUACAUCCCCCGUGGUAUCAACACCCAGGCUCUUGACCGCGAGAUCAAGUGGGACUUCAACCCUGCGACCUUCCGUGUCGGCGACCACAUCUCUGGUGGUGACAUUUUCGGUUCCGUCUACGAGAACUCGCUUGUCGACAACCACAAGAUCAUGCUUCCCCCUCGUGCCAUGGGUACUGUCACCCACAUUGCCGAGAAGGGCUCUUACACUGUCGAGGACGUUGUCCUCGAGACCGAGUUCCAGGGCAAGACCACGCAGCACACGCUCAUGCAGCUCUGGCCCGUGCGUGCCCCCCGUCCCGUUGCCGAGAAGGAGACCGCCACCUACCCCCUCUUCACCGGUCAGCGUGUCCUCGACGCCCUCUUCCCCUCGGUCCAGGGUGGUACCACCGCCAUCCCCGGUGCUUUCGGCUGCGGCAAGACUGUCAUUUCGCAGGCCCUGUCCAAGUUCUCCAACUCUGACAUUAUUAUCUAUGUCGGUUGUGGUGAGCGUGGUAACGAGAUGGCUGAGGUUCUGGCCGACUUCCCCGAGCUCACCCUCGAGCGCGAUGGCCGUGAGGAGCCCAUCAUGAAGCGUACCGCCCUUGUCGCCAACACUUCCAACAUGCCCGUCGCUGCCCGUGAGGCCUCGAUCUACACUGGUAUCACUCUUUCCGAGUACUUCCGUGACCAGGGUACCAACGUCUCGAUGAUGGCCGACUCGUCGUCGCGCUGGGCCGAGGCUCUUCGUGAGAUUUCGGGUCGUCUUGCCGAGAUGCCCGCCGACUCUGGUUACCCUGCCUACCUCGGUGCCAAGCUUGCAGGCUUCUACGAGCGUGCCGGCAAGGUCACCUGUCUCGGUUCGCCCAACCGCCAGGGUACCGUCUCCGUCGUCGGUGCCGUCUCGCCUCCUGGUGGUGACUUCUCCGACCCCGUCACGUCGGCCACGCUCGGUAUUGUGCAGGUCUUCUGGGGUCUGUCCAAGGCCCUCGCCCAGCGCAAGCACUUCCCGUCGGUUGACUGGAACGUCUCGUACUCCAAGUACCUGAACGUUCUCGACCCUCACUACGAGAAGCACAACCCUGGCUUCAUCGAGAUGCGCACCAAGGCCAAGGAGAUUCUGCAAAAGGACAAGGACCUUGCCGAGAUUGUCCAGCUGGUCGGCAAGUCGGCCCUCGGCGAGGGUGACAAGAUUACCCUCGAGAUUGCCCGCAUGCUCAAGGACGACUUCCUGCAGCAGAACGGUAUCUCCGAGUACGACCGUUACUGCCCCUUCUACAAGACUGCCGGUAUGCUCAAGAACUUUAUCACCUUCAACGACUUGGCCCUCAAGACUGUCGAGACCCACCCCGACAUUACGUUUGCCAAGAUCCGCGACAGCGCUUCGGACGUCAUGUUCAAGCUCUCGCAGCAGAAGUUUGAGUCGCCCAACACCCAGACCGAGCAGGACAUUACGGGCAAGUUUGACCAGCUCAACAACGAGAUCCAGGAGACGUUCCGCCGCAUGCAGGAGUAG